AAGGUGUGGUGCUGCCCCCUUUGCGCGACCCCUCCUGCCCCCCGGCUGCUCUCGCUCCCCUUCCCCAUGAUGGGCUCCGUCCUGCCGGCCGAAGCCCUGGUGCUCAAAGGCGGCCUGAAGCCCCCCAGCCUCUCCCUGGCCGAGGUGAUCACGUCGGAUAUCCUACACAGCUUUCUCUACGGCCGCUGGAGGAACGUCCUGGGGGAGCAGCUGCUGGAAGAGAAGGGCGGCGGCGGCGGCGGGAUCGGGGCGGCCGGCGGCGGCGGCGGCCACGGGAACCCCAAAACCGCCUUCACGGCGGAGGUCUUGGCUCAGUCCUUCUCGGGAGAAGUCCAGAAGCUGUCCAGCCUGGUCCUGCCGUCGGAGGUCAUCAUCGCCCAGAGCUCUAUCCCUGGGGAGGGGCUGGGCAUUUUCUCCAAAACUUGGAUCAAAGCCGGCACUGAGAUGGGACCCUUUACGGGCCGGAUCAUCUCUCCGGAGCACGUGGACCUCUGCAAGAACAAUAAUCUCAUGUGGGAGGUCUUCAAUGAGGAUGGGACUGUUCGGUACUUCAUCGAUGCGAGCCAAGAGGACCACCGCAGCUGGAUGACCUACAUCAAAUGCGCCCGGAAUGAACAGGAACAGAAUCUGGAGGUGGUCCAAAUCGGGAACAGCAUCUUCUACAAAGCCAUUGAGAUGAUUCCACCAGAUCAAGAGCUGCUGGUUUGGUAUGGAAAUUCCCAUAAUACUUUUUUGGGCAUUCCUGGUGUCCUGGGAAUUGAAGAGGAACAAAAGAAGACCAAGCAUGAGGACUUCCACGUGGCCGAGGGCGGGAUCAACACGAUGGGCCGCAUGCGGUGCGUCAUCUGCCACCGCGGCUUCAACUCCCGCAGCAACCUGCGUUCCCACAUGCGGAUCCAUACCCUGGACAAGCCCUUCAUCUGCCGUUUCUGCAACCGGCGUUUCAGCCAGUCAUCCACCCUGCGCAACCACGUCCGCCUUCACACCGGGGAACGGCCGUACAAGUGUCAAGUCUGCCAAAGCGCUUACUCGCAACUGGCCGGGCUCCGGGCCCACCAGAAAAGUGCCCGACACCGGCCUCCUAAUGGUGCCCUGCAGCCGCACUCGCCCGCCCUCCCUGUGCCACACCCCACCGCGCUGGGCCACCACAUCCCCACCAUGGUGCUGUGAGGG